AUGAGUGUAGUGGUGCUUAACCGCAGCUUUCGACGCAGAGACACCCAUGAAUUGCGGCUGAUACGCAACGUCUGGCCCAUCAUCAAUUUGUGCAACGUCUUGACUCAUAUCAUCGACGAAAGCUCACCUCUCUACCACUUGUCGACAAGUGACUUGCUGUCAGGAGACCUUUUCUUUGUGGUACUUUUUACGGGGCAGGACGGCAUCAUCAGCGACACAAUGGUCGCUCGGAAAGCCUAUCAUGCUUGCGAUAUCCUGGUCGACCACUACUUUGAGGACAACAUUACACUGACAGCUGAUGGCCUGUACAUCGAUCUGGAUGCCAUUAAUGCCACUUACUGCGUUUCCGAGGCCGGUAGUCAAAGUGAUGAGGUAGAAAAUCAGGAGUACCGUUCAAGUUGCAGCUCCAUCGAGCUCAAAGCCACCGAGUACAUGUCAGAAGCAAGUAAGGCUGACAGUCCUCACUCCAGAUAUGCAUUGAUGUGA